GCACCACAAAUGUGGAAAUUAAUUUCUAGGCACAAACUGGAAAUCAGGUAGGGUUUAUAAUAUCAUCAUCCUCUUGCAGCUGAAAGAAGGUACUCAGAAGUCACAAGCAAGCGGCUAAUCACCAUCCCACAACCAAUGACAACUUCAAUUGCCAGAAACAGUUCUCGUCUUCGCAACCUAUGUCCCUUCAUUUCUUUUACUUCAUAUUCUUUGAACAAUUGUCGGGCAACCAGCAACCAAUCUCGUCUCUUUCACGAUGCUCCUCGCCGUGUCCAGGCACUCCUCCCACUGUCAUAUUUGGUUCUCUAUUCUAAAUCUUACCAUCAUUUUUUGUAGGUUCAAAUCUGCUCGUAAUAUUUCUCGUAUUUCAUACAAAUAUUUUAAUGAAUAUGUGUUUUUUAAUAGUUUCAGGACGGUCGUUUAGGUCAGUCAGGAGUGGGGCUUAGUCACAAUUUUUGCAGGCUUAGGAUGCUAUGCACCGCUGUUUCUUCAUCUAACCAAUCCAAUAGUGGAUCCUCCGGGGAUAGUUCUGGGAAAGGCGAAAGUUCUGAUGGUUUGCAGAAGGCUGCCGAGCACGGAAAGCCUGUUCGAGGGAGUCCAGUUUCAUGGAUGAGCUUUUUGCUGCUACUGGGAACUGGAGCAGGAUUGGUUUACUACUAUGACAGGGAAAAGAAGCGGCAUAUUGAAGGGAUUAGUAGUGCUUCAAAUGCUAUGAAACAAGGACCAUCUGUUGGAAAAGCAGCUAUUGGUGGCCCAUUUAGUCUCAUUGACCAUAAUGGGAAGCCUGUUACUGAGAAGGAUUUUUUGGGGAGAUGGAGUAUGUUAUAUUUUGGAUUCACUCACUGCCCAGAUAUAUGCCCAGAGGAACUACAAAAGCUUGCGGCUGCAAUUGAUAAAAUCAAAGAAAAGUCAGGACUUAAAGUGGUCCCUGUUUUUAUCUCAGUUGAUCCUGAGAGGGAUACAGUUGAGCAAGUUUGCGAAUAUGUCAAAGAGUUCCAUCCCACCUUAAUAGGUCUUACUGGUAAUCUGGAGGAGAUAAAAAAAGUUGCACGUGCUUAUCGAGUUUACUACAUGAAAACACAAGAGGAAGGCUCAGAUUAUCUUGUCGAUCACUCAAUAGUCAUGUAUCUUAUGGAUCCUGAGAUGGAGUUUGUAAAGUUUUUUGGGAAGAACAAUGAUGUCGACACCCUUGCUGAUGGCGUAAUCAACGAGAUAAGGAAGUACAAACAAGUAAAAGCAUGAUACAUAUAAUUACAUGUUCCUUGCAAACCUAAAGCAAGUAAAAUUAAACUCCAGCACUGAGCAUUGCUUGUCCUGUUCAGAUUUUUAGUAUAUUUUGACAGUUUUGGAUUAUUUACGUCCGAGAAAAUAAAGAUGGCAUUGAUGUCAUUGUUUUGCAACUACUAAAUUUAUGUUUGGUGUACUAUAUUUGGGGGUUGGUUUUGGUUAUCCUUUCGUGUAAUAUUUGGUAUGGG